GGUCUGAUAGAUACUUAUUCGAGCAUCUGAUCAUCUUUUGAUAGAAUUAUGGAGAUAUAGAAGUUUCGUUGGGUUUGAACAUGAAUAAUAUCAAAGUGCAUUCUUACCAUUUCAGCUGUGUUGAUGACGCAUUUUCAACCGACAAAUCGUUGCAAAGUAUUGAUAUAAUUCAUACUAGCCCCCUGGUGUGGUUCCCCAGGGGAAGGAUACGAUGGGAACCAGAGACACUUGCUAGACAAAGCACACGCACGGACAUGCUUUAACAGGCGCCACAAUUGAGAAAAAGCCCGAGAAGAGUCAGCCUUGGCGGGGCGUCAUCGGGCGCGUUGCUGCGGGGCGGCGGGCCUUAUUAGUGCGCGCCGUUUGCCUCCGGAGGAUAUGUGGACGCCUGGCAGGGGUGGAAGCGCCUGCGGGCCUAUCCUCAAGAGGAAGGCAUAAGCAGGCACAUGCCACGCCUUCGGAAUUUGUCCGCCGGGGUCUGAGGCAUUCAGAGGCCACGCCGGCCCGCGGGGGUUCAGAGGUGUAGGGCGUUGCCUGUGGGGCGCGGCGCUGCAAGCAGGUGACGCGACUGCGCGCAAGCAAGCGACGCGACUGCAUGAGGCCGCCGCCUUGCGCCAUCGGGCACGCAGCGCGAGCCACGGCCUUGGGUGAGAGAGAGCGCGGCGCCAAAGCGGACGCGUGAAGUUUCGGAAUUCACUCCCCAACGUCGUGACCUUGGGGCUUGGGGGAGAGGAGAGCGGGGCGCCAAAGUAUGUCGACGCGGCUUUGACUUUCAGAGCGCACGCCCUGACUUUCAGAAUUCAUGCCCUUACUUUCGGCGCCCAUGCUUUAACUUUCAAAAUUCAUGGCCUAACUUUCAAAGUGAACGCCUUAGCUUUCAAAAUUAAUGGCCUAACUUUCAGUAUUCACGUCCUACCUUCCACAGCUUAUGUCUUAACUUGCAUAGUUUACGCCGUAACUUUUUCAAAAUUCAUCUCUUAACUUUUUCAAAAUUCAUGGCCUAACUUUCAAAAUUUACGCCCACACUUUCAAACUUUCAAAAUUCACGCUCUAACUUUCAAAAUGCAUGCCCUAACUUUCAGAAUUCACUCCCUAUCUAACCUGCAAAAUUCAUGGCUUAAGUUUGAGCGUCCAUGUCUUAACUUUCUUAAUGCAUGCCUUAACUUUCAAAACUCACGCCCUAACUUUCAAAAUUCGCGCCCUCACUCUCAAAAUUUAUGCCCUAACUUUCAAAAUCGAUCUCCUAAGUUUCAUUACUCACGCCUUAGCAUAACUUUCAAAAUUUAUGCCCUAACUAACUUUCGCAAUUUAUGUCCUAGCUUUCGCAAUUCAUGUGCCAACUUUCGCAAUUCAUGCCCUAGCUUUCACUAUUCAGGUCCUGACUUUCAAAGUUCAACUCUCAAAAUUCAAAGCUCACGCUUUAACUUUCAAAAUUUUGACUCAUGUUAUUACUUUCAGGAUUCGCGUCCUAACUUUCCACCCCGGCUGGCCACCGGGGUCCCAUGCAUUGGGACAACAUUACCGCGCGAAACGUCGAAACAUGGCCUGCGCCUGCGCACCCCGGUACCCGUGGGCGGGCCGAGGCUUGGCUCGCGAUUCUACGCUUACGGCGUGACGAUGGGGAUAGUGGAAGGCCGGCGCUGCACUCAGUCGCAGGGAGCGCGCUCACGUCAGCGAACUGCGACGCGCCGCGGCUGCCCCUUCUUGGCGUGGGGUGCCCAUGUCUGGGCUUUCGGAUUGUGGACUAGAGACUUCGGCGUGAGUCUUCGCGCCUCCUGUGUUGGCUUCGGGGCUUCUCGUUCUCCCUGGACCUGGAGUGGCGCCUUCUUGGCGUCUGCUGCGUGGGCGCCUCUGCGUCUGGAAGGUGGGCGUCUGCUUUUUCUGUCGGGAUGCUCUGGCCCUCCGCUGUGAGAGUGAUGCGCGAUUAUCAUAAAGAGGGCAACCCUCUUAGGUAAAACGGUUGCAGGGAUGAGAUGGCACCCCGGCCCACCCGAUCGGUGGGCUUACAUCAUCAUCAUCAUCAUCAGCGUGAUGCGUGAGCGAGUCAGCUGACCGCGGCCCAGCUGCUCUGCCCGGCUUUAUCUCUCUGCAUGCUCUGGGAGUGACGGACUGGCGCCAGAUUUCCUUUUGUCUUUUUGGUCUUGGUUUGCGCUACUAUAUGGGACUGCGGGUUGCGGUCAGUGUUGCGCUGGCGCUUCGGGAACUAUAUGAGAACGAGCGAGCAGCGGCACGCUGCCGGAGUGCCGCCGCCCCCUCCUCGCGCACUUUGUGCGGGCUUGUUGCUGUCGUUGAGCUUACGCUCUGAACUACGACCGACGCAGCCCGCCGCGGGGGGGUCUGGUGCUUUGGGGCUGCCAUGGCGCGGCGCGCGCGCGCCGGCUUUCGACUAAGUGCCCCGGGUGAUGUUUCUCACUCUGCUUGCCUCUGCCGCUGCGCUUGCUUUCUCUUCUUCGGUGUUGGUUUGGGGCCUCCCUGGGGCCUCUUUCUACCAUGACGGCACCGGCAAACGCACUCGGACCGCGGCGCCUCUUGUUAGGACUCUCCCGCAUUUGCCUAGCGCGUCGCUGUGCUUCAGAUUCUGCCUUCUGGCCGUCUGUAGGUCUGUGGGUAGGCGUCUAUCGUCUAUCCUUCGCCUAGUGAUAGCGUCUUAGUUAGCUUUCCUCGUUCAUGAGUAUAGCAAAACGCUGCGCGUUUUUAUGGUGCUCCUUCCGUGUGUCUUGGUCUUCAGAAGUCAAGAUUUAACAUCAAGAAUCAAAAUUCAAAAUAUGAAAUCAAAGCCAAAAGUUAGAAUGUAAAAAGGAAAACCAAGGCGAAACUUUACAAGUAAAGAGAUUUUUCACGUUUUCUAAUAUAUAGCAGACACGAGGAAAAGAGUAGAAGGCCUGCGCCAGGGCGCCGAAUGGGCUCAGGUUAACGGUGCCCACGGAUUGCCGCAGUCUAGUGGGCACGGUCUCCAACGCGUGCGCGGGAAGAUCUAACGCAGGCGGUGCGGAAACGCCGCGCCCUCGGGUGGUCGCGGCUGCCUGUUCGUCUUUCCACGAGGUGCGGCCUCAGUGGAUUCCCGGCCACGUCGGGGGCGCCCUCCGUGAUGUAGUAGACGCCAUCGCCGCGCACGCCACUCGCUGCGCGUCGCCUGGUGUAUUGGGUAGCUGGCGUCUCCAUCUGCGCCCCAGCCCCACGCGUUUUUCACGGGCGUCGGCCAGGGGUAGGCCUGCGGAAGAAGAGGCGGCCGCCUUUCGUGCUCUGGCGCUUGCAGUACCCGCGAGCUUCAGCGGGGCGGCGGUUACCAGCCUGCACACUCCCAGACAGACGCGGCGGAACAUGCUCCGCAGCAUCCUCGCACAGAGGGCGGGAGCUGGUUCGAGAAGGGCCCAAGUAGCUGGCGCCACCCUAGUCAAUUGGCCCAGGAGCAAACGGGCCGCGGAGUCUGGCCCUCGACGUCGACUCUGCCUUUGCGGUUUAUGUCAGCUCUACGCGGAUGCGCCAGGUCAUCUCUUGGCCUGCACUCAGAGGGAGCGCUUCCCGGUUACCGCGGACGUACGAACUCGCCGCGUGGUCGUGUGUGAUCGCGGAGGAGGAAAUCGCACAGGGGGCGGACGCUGGUGAGGAGUAGCCACGCCUUUCGCCGGCUCUUCCUUGCGGUAUUGCUGUUUUGCCGCUGCCAGUGCCACCUCUGGCGGCUCUGAAGAUGCCUCCCUACCCAGCCUCGCUGAGCAGUUUUGACCUUUUGGCUUACUGGUUUUGCCUUCCUCUUGAAUUCGUUGCAUCCAUUGCAAUUUUGUCGCUUUGUUUUAGCUCUGUCUCAGAUGUGCGCGGAUCCUCUCUCACGCAGCAGCCAUUGCAGUCUUGUCGCCCCCGUUCUUGUACUCCAGGGCGGGGGCCGGAGGGACUGACGGCAGUGCCUUGGCGUUGGUGUGGCGGUCUGGCUUUUAACUAAACUGCUGAGUUUUGCCAAGUGCCAACUCUGCGCCUUGGAGGUGCUCUGGCCCUUGCGGUAGUCCUUAGGCUGGUCUUGUAAUCUCGCGCCUGAUGGCGCGCGGGGUACUGUAGUGAACAGCCCGCACCACCCCGGGCACCACUCCGGGCUCACCUCGCCCCCGCUAUUAUUAUUAUACUUUUGAAUAUGAAAAAUUUUCAAUUUUGCCUCCGGGCGCUUUCCAUCUUACUCUUACGUGGUGCAUAGGCACGCAAACUUUCAGCACGAGCGACGGCGAGGGCAGCUGAUAUUUUAGCUCAAAUUGCGUCCAGGUGGAGCUACUGUUGCUGAUAUUACUUACUUACUGACUUACGUACUUUCCUACUUACUGACUUACUUUCUUACUUACGUACUUACUUACUUACUUACUUACUUACUUACUUACUUACUUACUUACUUACUUACUUACUUACUUCCUAGCCCUUACACAGGCACGCCUUGCCCUUGUCGCGUAGUAGUAGUACUGGCAUUUUAUUUGGCAUUGGCACGCAACCAAGAAAAGCUUAAGUAGUUUCUAUCACGUGUAUAAUGCAAGAAACAACGAUGGGCAAUUAUUUCCUUGCUACUGCUCUGGUUGUCCCGAAGACGAUAAGUCGGGAAAGCCGGCUACCCUAAUCGCACGCCACUACCUGUAGAGAGUACCGCUACGCGGUUCCAAUGGCGGGAGUGGGGAGAGGUGGUUUUCCUCUCUGAUCCGACAACGACACAUCCAUACGCCCUUUCAGAAUGGCGCUCUGGCUUGGAACGAAAACUCUGACGACGAGAGUGCCGGUUGCCAGAACUAUCUUCGUUACAGCCUCUUGUUGUGGCGCGAACACCGUCACAACUAGACGAUGUUUUGCUACAGUGGAGUUCCCAAAACAAAUGGAUGUAGAUCCAAAGGUCCGAUAUCCGGAGACUUACUUCAACGUCAAACGCUUCCAUGAAAGACUGCGGGAGAAAAAGGAUAAUCUUUCUUAUGAGCUGCAACAAAAGCAGGUGUACCUCGACCUCGAGUAUUAACGUAGUUAGUGCCAUCAUGAUCAUGUUGUAUUCCUAGUUCUAGAUGAAGUCAAUUGAAUAUAGAUUAUCAUUAUUUCAGACUUAGAAGAGUUAGAGCAAUGAGCAUGAAAAUUAGAACUAUUACAUCGAGAUCACUCUUGAUUUGAUUUUGAACGUCCAUCAGUGAAUUACCCAGUUGUAGGACGCCGUCGGCCCCAAUAAUACUUCUCGUUCAUGAUCCCCGAGCGGAGGUACGUGCAGUGCGGCGAGAGUAUGCGAGGCCACCGCCACCUGGCUGGAAUGUGAGGCGCUUUCUGCGCGAAAUUCGACUGUUCGAAGAAGAGGAGAGCUUGGAAGAAGUCGCCAGUCUCUUUGACAAGCUAGGUGGAUGUGGGAAACAAGAAGCUGCAUCAGGUGAAGAUGCUGGUGCAGAAGCAGAAGAAGGGAAAGCUGACAAGGGAACGGAAGCCAAUUGUCCAAAACUAGAUCAUGCUGGCGAACGAGAUCUGAUAGGGUGGAGCGAGUUCGUCAGUAUGGAUUUGAAGGAAGCGACUCGCUUGACCAUGAUUACAGCGGAACAACGAAGAAAGCUAAUUCGAUACAUAAACGAAUUCAACCACGGCUUAUUCCCGCGUGUCAAAAGUAUGGUGGACGCUUUUGCCGGUAAGCAGUACGCAAGCCACAAUCAACCAUGGACUGCGGAAGAAGAUGCUAAAUUGCGAGAAAGCUGUGACAAGUGGGAUGCUGAUUUUGGAGAUGCCUUUAUUUAUGUUUGCGAUGUCAGUCAGCUUUGAUUUUCUAGUUCUUCUGCCUGAGCGCAUCACUUUGAAUUUCAUUACUGAAGCUGAACUACUACUACCACUCUUCGACCGUCCCUCUUUCAUUUCGUCUACAUCAGCGACGACAUGCAGCGUCCGCCAGAGGAAUGCCGCCAGCGGUGGCUAGAGAUUGAGACGAUUCCGGGCCAACGCAGUAGCCAAGGGUGCGAACUCGCGCUUUCCGAUAGUUUGCGGCCUCUGCUCAUGAGCCGUCAAUUCCGAAUGCUGCCUCCGACAUUGUUACUUGUCCCGUCCGAGAAGAAUUUCCCGUUGAAGAAGUGCGCGCCCUUCAGAUUGCCGAAAAACCUCCAAAAAUUUCGAGACCCGGAGAAUUUCUUGCAGAGAAGCCAAGCGACUUGCUGAUUAACGCUCUUGACGAGCAAGUUGUUGCCAACAAGAAGUAUCAUUUUAUUUGAUUCGGGUGGAGCUCUUGAUGUAGUUGUCAGCAACUGGGAGGUACUUCUACUUCCAAUCUAAAACUAAAGAUAAAGACAGAACAAGCGUGACAGUACUGGAGUCUGACAGCCUUGCGUGGCUGUGACAGUACUAGAGUGAGUACUUAGCAGUUUUUGGUAUGAUGUAUCAUGGAAGCUCUGCUGCAUUACAGGAGCACGAGCAGCUGCUCUGAAAUCUGGCAUUUUUGUUUUGCUGUGCUAGCGGUUCGGUUUUCUGAGAGACAAAGAGAGG